AUGUGGAACCUCAUCAACUACAACUACAGCGGGGGAGGCGCAACCGGCGACGGCAAUGAAGACGGAAACGAUGCCAGCGGAAAUGGCGCCAGCGGAAACGCCGCCGGUGGAAUCGGCGCUAGCGGAAUCGGAAACGAAAACCCAAAUGCAGAUAAGGAUGCUAGCCAAAAUGGCAGUGACCAAAAGGAAGUCCGCCCAAAGGAGAAAAAAAAAAAAAAAGCAGCAAAACAUUUCGUGAGAGUGAUUGACGAAGAUGGCAACGACGUUGUUGACAAAGCGCUCGGGGAGGACAUAAACGAAAUGGACGAAGAUCCAACGGAUAAAAAGAAAAAGAAGAAGAAGAAGAAAAAAAAAAAAAAACAUUUGACUAGCGAAAAUAGGGACAAGUCCCCCUUCCUCAGCGAUCUCAGUUCGUAUGCUGACUACUCCCCAAGCGAUGAAGGUAGAGGCCGGAAGGAGUCGCACGUAACGAAUGAGGGUGGCUUGGGCAAUCAGCAGGAAUGCGACGCGUCCGUGAGCGGGGAGGAAGUCACCGAGGAAGAAGUCAUUGGAGAGGAAGCCUCUGCGGAAGAAGCCACCGCGGAGGCGCCCAACGGCAACGAAGCAAACGGUGCAGGUCAGGCCGGGCAGGGAACCUCCGCCAUGGCCAAUGAAUGGUUCUUUGGAAAGAUCAAAGAAAUUCUGGAGCCAACCAUGAACCAGGAAACCAUAAGCGAAAUGAUAACGAACAAAUAUAACAGCUUUAAUGAAGCCAACUCUGGCAUCUUCUAUCUAAUCGAGAACCUACUCGUCCGAACAAAUACGCAAGAAAAAAUGGAAUUAAAUAAAAAGCAGAGAAGCAGCUACCUGUAUAAUCACUACAACUCCAUGGAUUCCUCCGUCAAUGAACAUUACAAUUUUGUUAACUACUCCAUCUACUGCAUUAACAAAGAGCUAGCUGCCAACGUCGAGUUGGAGGCCACCAAAAUGAUAAAAAUAUAUAACUAUGCUUUUACCAAAUUUAAAAAGGAUAUAAAUUUUAGGGACCAAAUUUUUGCCGACUUGGUGAAUGAGGCGGACGAGGUCUCCACUUUGAUAGUUAAUGAGAAAAACAGCCAAAAGAAGAGGAUCCCCAAAAUUGACUUCCUCAUUUUGGCAAAUAUAAACAGCGACAACUACAACAAUAUAAUCGAGUCGCACAGCGUGCAAACGCCCAAGUUGAGGCUCGAGGACAUUUUUAAAAUUAACGUGAAUUGA